AUUUUAGAUGUCAUCAUCCAAGAAAGCCAUCCUGGACAGGGAAGAACUGGUUAACUCUGGUAGUGAUGAUGAUGAUGAUGAUGACCACCAAUCAACAUCCGUGCAGGCCUUGGACACCUCGUGCUGCCCUGAGGAAAUGCCAAGGAAGAGGCACUUUCACUUUCUGUCGCGCGUGCUGUCCGCGGGCCUGUUCGUAACGCUCUUCACAGCCGCUGUCUUCUACUGGCAAACACAUCCAGGCGUUUGCCUGACAGAGACGUGCAUCAAUGUGGCCAGCGCCGUCAUGUCAGCACUGGACCGCUCGGUGGACCCCUGCCAGGACUUCUACACCUUCGCUUGCGGCAGCUGGAUGAAGAACAACCCUCUCGCUGAUGGCAAGUCCAACUGGAACCCUUUCAACACCCGGUGGCAGCACAACAUGCUCGUGAUGAAGCAACUAUUAGAGAACACGACGAUGAGCGGUCUGAGUCAAGCAGAGGAGAAGGCCCAGAGAUACUAUCAGGCCUGCAUGAACGAGACAAAGAUCAAGAAGCUGGGAGCGAAGCCAUUGCAGCGACUCAUCACACAGCUCGGAGGAUGGGACCUGACCGGACCGUGGGACAAAGACAACUUCCAGAAAGUUCUACGCACGGUGUCCGCACGCCAGCUCGCUUUCCCGUUCUUCACCCUAUUGGUCUAUCCCGACUUCAAGUCCUCCCGGAACAACAUUUUUGUGGCUCAGUCCAGCCUGGGACUCUCGCAGAAAUUCUAUCUCAACAAAACAGCCUAUGGAAAUCAUCUGACAGUGUACCAGAACUUCCUAGUGAGAUUAGGGGUCCAUCUGGGGGGUUCUGUGAAGACGUCCCAGAAAAUUAUGAAGGAGAUUUUGGACUUUGAAACGGAACUGGCCAACAUCACCGUACCCCUGAAGGGGAGAAAGAAUAAAAAGCCCGUCUACCACAAGAUGGAGGUCAAAGACUUGAAGAGUCUAGCCCCUGCAAUAGACUGGAUCCCUUACCUCAAUGAGGUCUUCGCUCCUGUGCCCAUCAAUGAGUCCGAGCCGGUGAUCGUCUAUGCCAAAGAGUACCUCCAGAACGUGUCGGACCUCAUAACAAACACCAAUAAGAGCAUUCUCAACAACUACAUGAUCAUGAAAGUAAUAAGGAACAUGAUUCCCAACUUGGACUGGAGGUUUCGGGAUACCGAGCAGCGCUUUCAACAGGUCAUGUACGGAAUUAAAAGCUGCACUCCUCGCUGGAAGCUGUGCGUCAGCGACACAGACUCGAGCCUUGGCUUCGCUCUGGGCGCCAUGUUUGUCAAGGCCACCUUCGCAGGGGACAGCAAGGACAUUGCCGAGGACAUGGUCAGCAACAUUAAAAGAGCAUUUGAGGACAGCCUGGAGCAUGUGAGCUGGAUGGAUGGUGACACAAAAAAAGCGGUAAAAGAGAAGGCCGAUGCAAUUUACGACAUGAUGGGCUAUCCGGAGUUCAUCAUGAACGACACCAAGCUGGACAAAGUGUACAAUGAUUUCAAGGUCAAGUCGGAUCUGUACUUCCAGAACGUCAUGCAGUCCUAUAACUUCUCUGCCAGGGUGAUAGCCAACCUGCUUAGACAAGCUCCAACAAUAUUUCACACGACCCCCCCAGAAGUAGAGGCCUAUUACGACCGCAUUGGAAAUGGGAUUGUAUUGCAAGCAGGAAUCCUCCAGACGCCGUUCUACAACCACCACUGGCCCAAAUUUCUUAACUUUGGUGGAAUUGGGGUCAUCAUAGGGCAUGAACUGAUUCACGCUUUUGGCAAAAAAGCGAGGGAGUUCGACACAAACGGCAACCUGCGCUCUGCGUGGAAGAACUCAUCUGUGGAGGCCUACAAGAAUCAGACACAGUGCAUGGUGGAGCAGUACGGCAACUAUAGCAUCAACCAGGAGACCCUGAAUGGUAGCCACACGUUGGAAGAGAACAUCGCCGACAACGGCGGACUGAAGGCUGCCUAUGAGGCUUACGUGAACUGGAUCGAAAGGAACGGUGAGGAACCGACACUGCCUGCGCUGGGAAUGACCAACCAUCAGCUGUUUUUUGUGGGAUUUGCACAGAUGUGGUGCACCGUGAACCAAUACCACUACAAUGUCAAAGACCUGCACAGCCCGCCCAGAUUCCGAGUCAUUGGGAGCGUCUCCAACUCGCACGAGUUCUCCAAGCACUUUGGCUGCAAAGAAAACACGCCCAUGAACCCUAAACACAAGUGCAAUCUUUGGUAAUGGCUCUGUUAUUAUGUAAUUGAGCCUGUGACAGCAAAUUUGAUUACAGAUAGUGCAGAUAGGGCCAGAUUCAGUUAGAUGAAAAUGUAUAAGGGCGACUAUUUGGACGGACAUUCCUUGAACCAUUACCAUUGUAAAUUAAUUGUCUGCAGAGAAGUUGAUAUUGCAAAUGAGAAUUGUCAAUUGCAUUACCAUGGUAAAUCAAGUGGUUUUAACUUUUAAAUGAUUGAUUUCCCUCCCUCCAACACACCUGAUUCUUUGAUCAGAGCUUGCCGAUAAGUUAUCGUCAGCAGGUAGAGGCUCCAGCUCACCUGUAACCCUAAAAGAAAAUGAUUUGGAAAUGAAUGUUUUAUAAUCAUUUUAAUAUACAAAAUAAUCUUACACAUACAUACAAGCUUACUCGGUACAACUGGUUUUGGUUGUGAGUGCCGUUCUAUUAUUUCUGUAUAUGCUUAAAUCAGUCCAAAUUUGGCUGUCAUUAUAAUACAAAAACAUUUCCCCCAAUAAAUGACACCUUGACCAUGUUGUACCUCCCCCCCAACAGUGCAGCUUUCCCCUCAAUAUUUGUGUUAAGACAUUCAAUAUGGCUUUGAAAUCGUCUUUAAGUUGGCUUUCAUAUCUCAACAGUCAACAUACCGGUCCUGAAUUCAGUGUCAUAUAAAAAUGUUACAUAGAUCAUAAAAUCCAGUGGUACCUUAAGAUACAAAAGAGAAUGAAAAUGCAAUUAAUCUAGGCCAUCCUCCCCAAAAAUACUUUUGUGUUUAAUAGGGAGCAAUAGCAAUCUGACACUGUAGUAAGUGCCGAGGGCAGCCGCUGAACGACGCCCGAGCAGAGUUCCAGGCGUUCGGAUUGACUUACAUGAGCUCCCACUGGAGCGCUAACGGAAAUGUCGCCCUCUGGCGGACACGCCGUUGUAAAUGAAUGGGCUUUCGCACUUGUGU